UUUGAAGUACCAAAGCCAAAAGAAACUUCAAGAAUGGGGACCAUAACAUGUGGCAAUUGUGGUCUCCAAGGGCAUAGGUACACAAACUGUCUUAAACAGUUGAAGCCUGAGCUAGCUUUGAGGAAGAAUAAGCAUGUGGCUAAUCCAAGUACCUCACAGCCAAGAGCUGCUGGUCCUUCUACUGCACCAACAGCAAGACAACCAAGACCUGCUGCUUCUGCUCCUACACCACCAUCAUCUGCAAGAAGAGGAGCUGGCAGAGGAAGAGGAGCUGCUACUUCUACUACAACACCACCAUCUGGAAGAGGAAGAGGAGCUGGCAGAGGAAGAGGAGCUGCUACUUCUACUACACCACCACCAUCUGGAAGAGGAGCUGGCAGAGGCAGAGGAAGAGCUGGAAGAGGUGCUCCAAUGCCAUUCAUUGCCCCAAGGCAAUAUGCUGACAUUCCUACUGAUGGCACACACACUGGAUGGAUGUCCUACUUCACUGCUAGCAUGGCAGGUGGAGUUAUCUUCUGAUGCUUCAGUUGUAGCCAAGUUAGUUAGUUGCUUCAGUUGUAGCCAAGUUGUAAUGGAUCAAGUUGUAAUAGAUCAGUGA